AUGCAUGUGCUUACUGUAUUCGCCCAAGACUUGUUUCCGAGGGUGCAUUUGAGCCUGAACCAUUGCUACCCUGGUACCGACCCCGUGCUUGCCAUGUCGAUGUUGGACCCAGCUGUUGUGUCAGCCUUCCUGGCAGAAAGCUUGGCGACAGAUCGGCAAGGUGGUCGUUUGCUGAAGAAGAUCGGGAGCAAUGGCCACUGCGGUACACAAGGAACAGCCGAAAGGAUCCGUCGAGUCUAUGCCAUGCCGGCAGAUUUGCCACCAGUCUGUCGGACGCCUGACUCGACCAGCAGCAGACCCGACCGGCAAAUUCCCCUUGUACCACGCAGCGGACAAUUGGUGAAGUCCAGCAGUACGCCCACAUUGAAGUAUCAGCCUUUCGAUCCUGCGCGAACAGGAACGAACCUCAAACACAACCGACACUUCGAUGUGCCGUUCCCACAGUUGCUGUUUCAGCACCGAGUGUUCCAGCGUGAGGCGUGA